CCUCGCCCCGGCCGCACGCCGCACGCCACGCGAAGAGCGCCGUCGUGCCGAGUUUGCCUGUUUUCGUCCUGCGCCGGACCGACGGACCGACGGCCCGGCGUCGCCGCGGUGUUGUUGUUUGUUAUUGUUGUUGUUGUGAUGGUGCAGUGCAAGGCGGUGACGCACCCGCAGUGUGCCGCGAGUGUCACGGGAUACGCCCCCCUGGAUUACGCGUGUGUGUUGAUCAGUGUGUGAGUGUGUCUGUGCUCCUAUGCUGCACCAGCCCGACGAGUGCAGCGGCCUGCAGCCGCUCUUUGGUGCGCCCAGUGCGCCGCAAGGCCGUGGACUGCGGCGUGUGGACGCCAAGUCCCAGUGUGGCGGCGCCAAAGUUUGAAUACGCCGGGAAAGUGUGCGUGACGAAAGGAUAAACUGCAUCCGGAUACCCCACCUCCAUCAUGAGGCUCAUCAAGAUCUACUGGAACAGGCCGCGCCGCAGCAUCGUGGGCAGCGUGUCCGGCUCCAAGGCGGCCGAGGCGGACCUGGGCCUGAGGAUGCUGGCCGGCGACGCCAUCCCGCUGACGCGCGACUACCGCGCCGAGCCUCUGCAGCCGCUGCAGCCCCUGCAGCCCCUGCACCGCGAGAUGGCGGUGGACGUCCCGGACUCGUUCAUCGCGCGCUCCAAGACGCCGCCGCGGUACCCGCCGCCCAGGCCCGUGGGCACGCAGGGCUCGCAGGGAGUCAACGGGGCGGCGGUGAAGCCGGUGCCCCCGCCGCGGGCACACCUUCGAAUCGAGGAGGACGGGCGGCUGGUGAACCGAGCGCCGGCGCCGCAGCUCCCCGCUCGGCCGCCGGACAACAACAACGACCCCGACAAGGAGCCCACCAAGGAGCAGCUCACCUCGAUCCGGAAGUACCAGGAGCAGCUCCGGCAGCGCAAGGCGGAGGAGGAGCGGCAGGCCGCGCAGACGGAGUUCCUGAACCGGUCGCUGCGCGGGUCGCGCAAGCUGCAGGCCCUCCAGGAGCCGCAGCCGCCGGCCGCGCUGCCGGACAAGCGGGCGGGCGUCGUCAACGACGGCUACUCGUCGGCGGACGACGCGGACCUGGAGCCCGAGCUUCCCGUGGAUGACCCCGCCGUCGUCCUCCACAGGAUCAUCGGUUACGGCGAGCUGGUUGCCUCGAUUCAGCGGCUACAGCUCCAACUGAAAAAGACUGGCAAUAGCACCAUAUCAGGCGGCGGGUACUCUGCCCUCGAAGGGCAGGUAGCGGCUGUGCAGACCUUGCUGCUCAGCCCCGCGUUCGGACGGGCGCUCGCAGUGCACAACAAAGUGCAAGAAGUGUCUGCCCAGCUGCAUACGCAGCCUGAUUCUCAACCCGUAUCGUCGCACGCACAAGGCCUUCUCAGAGACUGCUUGGAUGUGAUACAACCGUGUACACUUCCGGAAGCGACCGAGCUGGCUGAACUUUUGACAAGAUAUGAUAUUGAAGGCCUACUUCUGGCUCACGAUACACUCGCAUCACAUGAUAUCGCUGUUGUUUCUCCGACCCUGAGUGAAGUGGAAAGAAGUCUCCCUGAGGAGCCACCUCUGUUACCACCCAUCACUCCUUCCCACACUCCUGUACAUACAACCCCUGCCCAUGUUACAACUUCUAUCAAUGAAGAACACAUUAAAAUAAUUAAAAUAGAGAAGACUAAUGAGCCAUUGGGUGCAACAGUUCGUAAUGAGGGUGAUGCAGUUAUGAUCGGUCGUGUUGUAAGAGGCGGCGCUGCUGAAAAGACUGGCCUAUUGCAUCAGGGUGAUGAAGUUCUAGAAGUUAAUGGCGUCGCCAUGAGAGGGAAGUCCGUCAAUGAGGUGUGCGACAUUUUAGCAGCCAUGACAGGCACACUCACCUUCUUUGUUGUCCCUGCUGCGAAAGUGGCUCUCCCCCCACCACCUGUAAGAGAUGCAUUGAUGCAUGUCAGAGCACAUUUUGACUAUGACCCAGAGGAUGAUCUAUUCAUUCCUUGUCGAGAGUUAGGUGUUAGUUUUCAAAAAGGUGAUGUCUUACAUGUAAUAAGUCAGGAGGAUCCAAACUGGUGGCAGGCAUACAGGGAAGGGGAAGAGGACCAAACAUUAGCGGGUCUCAUACCUAGUAAAUCAUUCCAACACCAACGGGAAGCUUACAAACAAGCCAGCAUAGCCACAACGGAUCCCAAGGAAAAGACAAAGAAAGCAUCGACCUUACUCUGUGCCAAGAAGAAUGCUAAAAAGAAGAGUAAAAAGAAGGGCUAUGGCUCUUCUUAUGUGGAUGGAAACUACCCCCUAUAUUCCUCUAGCACCACAGAUGAGUAUGAGUCUGAGGAGAUUUUAACUUAUGAGGAAGUAGCAUUGUAUUAUCCUCGAGCAAACCACAAGCGACCUGUAGUUUUGAUAGGCCCUCCCAACAUUGGUCGACAUGAGCUGCGACAGAGACUAAUGGAGGAUUCAGAACGAUUCGCAGCAGCCAUUCCACAUACUAGUCGUGCAAGGAAAGAGAGUGAAGUUGAUGGCCAGGAUUAUCAUUUUAUCACACGCCAACAGUUUGAAGCUGAUAUUUUAGCUCGGAAAUUUGUAGAGCAUGGGGAAUAUGAAAGGGCUUACUAUGGCACUUCCCUUGAUGCUAUUCGCUCUGUUGUUGCUGCGGGGAAGAUAUGUGUCCUUAAUUUGCACCCUCAGUCUCUACGAAUUUUGAGAAACUCAGACCUUAAGCCCUAUGUGGUUCUUGUAGCUCCACCAGCUCUUGAAAAGUUACGUCAAAAGAAACUUAGAAAUGGAGAAGCUUUCAAGGAAGAGGAGCUGAAAGAAACAAUAGAAAAGGCCAGAGAAAUGGAGGAGAAGUAUGGGCACAUGCUCGAUCUUGUCAUUAUCAACAGCGACACCGAGCGUGCAUUUAGCCAACUUCUCUCAGAAAUUAAUAGUCUGGAGCGAGAGCCUCAGUGGGUUCCAACUGCAUGGGUGAAACAACUAUAAUUUAGGUCUGGACAAGAAUGCCAAGAGGUGUAUUCAACCAAUUUAUCAUUCCAAGCCUGCAGACUUUAUUGUGCCAGCUAUUUCACACCAAGACUGUACGUCGUUCUGUUUCCUUCCUAGGAACUUGUGAUAUGGUUGACAGAAGAAACUGUAUUAACAGUGUACUGUCAACUCUCGUUAUUGUUGAAAAGUUAAAGCCAAGUUUUUUAAAGACAUGGACUUAAAGCAGUGGUGCCUAGCGCCUUGUUUUGUUAUUUGUCUUCCUUUAUAAGUGCUCUCAGUGCAGUAGCGUAGAGUGGGGUGUGCGAUCCAUUGUUGUGUAGUCAUAUAGCCAUUCUCAAUUGUCUUUUCAAAUCAUUCCAUGCCUUAGUUCAUGAUCUUUGCCUUGACCUGGUUGCUGCAGUAAUGCCUAUUUCCUUUGUUUUACUAUUAAAGGCAUCAUAUGAUUUGUUACAAAUGCUUGUUAUCUGACUUGUAGAAUUUUGUUGAGAGUCAACACUUGGUGCCAAAGUCUUCCCCAUUGUAUGUACUCAUUGUAAUGACAUUUCUAUGAGCCUUCCGUGGACCGAUGGAGUUUUGUUGUUGUUUUGGUUUUACUUUUAUUUUAUUAUUAUAUUUUGUUGCCAAAUCUCGCACACCCCUGACUGUAGUGUUUGGAAAUCUGGAUUGUUAAUGUGCCUGUUCUUGGAUUGUUUCAAAACAAUUUUAUCCUUGAUAUGUUAUUCUGAUUUUUCAAUUUUAUAUACAGAUGAAAUUUUGUCAUGCCUCAUUUAACCAUGAUAAAGAAAAUUUACUUUUUCCCUGUCCUUCCUGUGCAUGUUAUAUUUGUUAUUGAUUUUAUAAGUACGUGUUUAUAAUCUCAAAUCCAUCUCUUAUUCAUCUGUAUAUUUCAUUUUGUACCUCUGACUUUCUCAGAAAAGUGAGGCUUUAGUCAGAAGCCUUUGUCUAAGUUCUGACAUAAUAGUUCCAUUUUGAGUGCAUCUGGAAAAUUCUGUGUGAUAGAACAUAAACAAACCAAUCUUGAUACUUACAUGAAUAUUAUCAUUUACAAGGAAUCGCCAAUUUAUCUGGAAAAUUUUGUUUCUGCUCCAAAUUACUUGAUUUUGCCUACCAUGUGCAUGCAGUGAUCCUUCUAUGUUUGUUCUGUAAUAGCUGUCCUCUUGGACUUUCGGUUUUGUUUACCAAUUUGAAGCCUUAUCCUAUGAGCACUUCAUUAUUGGACUAUAUUCUGUCUCUAGAGUCUAGACAAAUGACUUCUGCCGUACAUACUCACUACCGUUUGCCAUUCAAACUUAACUUUAAUUACUACGCUUACUUUUGUUAUAGGAUUUUAAAUCUGACUUGGCAGUAGUCUUCAAAGAAUGCACCCUCUUUUUGGAGGGUGCUACAAUGAAUCUGCCAUUUUCCUCUCUAAGCAAUACAUCACUUUAGGUAUUUGUUUUUAUCAAAAAAUUUCUUAUAUAAUAAUUUAUAUAAACAUACAAAGAAUUUUGGAGAGUGUACAAUUAAAUGUAUACAUAGCAAACCAGUUGUAUAUUUUAGGAUUGUGUAAAUGUAUGUCCAUUAUUGUAAUUUGCCGUAUUAAAUUCCUUGUUGUAUAGUUCUUAUUGUCAUCUUAGCCUUUUAAUCAUGAGCAAGCUAAGAUUUGUUUCAUGAAAAUAUUUAGAUAAAGUGUACAGUUAUUUUUUAUUAUAAAGCCCCAAUAUAUUGAAUGUAAAUAUUACAGUAUAAUUUGUACAAGGGUAACUCUUUUUAACAGAAACUGCUCAAAAUUACAGCGUGAUUGUGUACAAUGGUUGCUUUCCAUAUUGUGUUGCGAAAGGGAUGGGCCUAGUGGCAUCCAUAUGUAGAAAGGAGCCGCAAGCAACACAGCUGUGUAAAUUUCUGUCGUGAUUCUUAGUAAAUGGUAUGAGUGUGUAAUCAA